AUGUCCGCGUCCGACGCUGCUCCUAACACGGUGCAAGCCGAACUUAUCUACUUCUCGGCCCCCACGGAUGGCUCCAAGCCGUACUCGCACAUCAAUGCGGACCCCGUCACCGGCACCUGGAAGCGCAACUGGACUUCCGAGUCGUACACCGUCGAUAUCGAGAACAUCCGCGGCAAGGAGGACUCCGUGACACUCGAUACUGCCGGCUUCCAGUUCUUCCGGCGCCCUGCCACGCACAAGGCCUUCACCGACGACAAGGCGGUCGAAGCAGAGUACUACCCGGAGAGCAUCGAGUUUGUGAAGGAGAUCACGGGCGCAAGCCGCGCCGUCAUCUUUGAUCACACCAUCCGUCGCCGCCGUCCCGGCGAGAUUGAGGACUCGCCGCAGAAGCGUCAGCCCGUCCCGCAGGUGCACGUCGACCAGACGACCGCGUCUGCCAUUGCGCGGGUGCACCGGCACCUCCCACCCACAGACGCACCCGACCUGCUGCGUCGCCGCUUCCAAAUCAUCAACCUGUGGCGGCCGAUCUCGCACGCUGCGUACGACUGGCCGCUUGCGUUGUGCGACUUCCGUUCGGUCGAUCCGAAGGGGGACCUCGUGCCGACAACGCUCGUGUACCCGGACCGUGAUGGUGAGACGAUGAGCGUGCGUUUCAAUCCGAACCACAAGUGGAAGUACCUCCGCGGCAUAGAGCCGGAUGAGUUCGUGUUGAUUAAGUGCUUCGACUCGAAGACGGACGAUGGCACGGCUCUGUUGACCCCCCAUACGGCGUUCCAAGACCCGACCACGCCCGAGGGCACUCCUUACCGAGAGUCGAUUGAGUUGCGCCUUCUCGUGUUCUAUGAUUGAGCUGGUAGGGCACUGUCCUUUGAGCUUUGUAAGUGGAUUUUUCUGCUAUUUGCUAUUACGCAUUGUAUACCAUGCAUGAUCGUCAAUGUGUUACUUGACCUGUGUUGAUUGUCACCAGGGCUCCACGCACACACAGUCAUUCCCGAAUCUGUUAUCAUGGUAAAUCAUGGGAAGCGCUUCAGCCCCG